GGAGAAGGUGUAUUUCAGCAUCAAGGUCUUGGGCACAGUUUUUGAAGGAAGUAUAGUGGAGAGUCAAGAGGAGAAGUUGGUGUUGGAAGAUGAGGAUAGUAAUGUGAGUGGACCACUAGAGGGAGGGGGGGAGGAAGACGAGGUUGAUGAGAGUGAUGCUCCGCCGAU